CUGUUUGACGUUAGGCGCUUAGGUUAUGUCCGUUUUAUUUUUACAUGCGUGCGAAUUUUGAAAUACUGGAUAAGUGAAGUAAUUUUUAUCAAAUAAGUUAAAUCUUAGCUUAGUGACAAGCAGCGAUAACAUACCCAAAAGAGUUCAUGUUUUAAUAAUGUGGUAGCGGUAGGAAAUACAAACAUGCAAACCAAACAGAAAACUUUACAUCGCUGCACUUUUGAAGGAUGCAAUUCCGUGUUUAACAGACCAUAUAGAUUGGCACAACACUUGUUAGUCCAUAAUAACAUCAAAGGGUUUCCAUGUCCUGAGAGUAACUGCAACAAAGCAUAUACAAACAAAAGUCAUCUAGACAGGCACAUAAAUAAUACCCAUAAAAUUACUGAAAAUGAUAUGUUAUUCAGCUGUCCAACAUGCUUAAAGAAGUAUGCUAACAGGCAGAAUUUGAAAAGGCAUGUGAACAUUACUCACAAAGUGAAGAUACCAUUUUCGUGUGACAUUUGCAAGUUGAACUUUCUAAAGAAGCACCAGUUAACAGCGCACAUGUACCAGCACACUGGAAUUAUGGCGUUCAGCUGUGAGCUUUGUCACAAAGAAUUUGUGAGUCUCAAAGAAAAGAAGAAACAUGCUCGAACACAUAAGACAUACAGGUGCACAGAGUGUGAUGCCACAUUCGGCAUGUGGUCUAAGUACCAGAAGCACAUAAAGCUAGAUCACUUCGGCAGAGCAUUUGUUUGCAAUGAGUGUGAUAGACAUUUUAAACUACGCAGUCACAUUGUGCGGCACAUUAAAACACAUUCGGAAAUAAAAACCAGAACUUUUCCAUGCCCAUAUGAUAACUGUGAACGGGUUUAUUCAAGGAACAGUAAUUUGAAACAACAUAUCUUAAUGAAACAUGAGAGAAUAAGGCAUGAAUGUGAAAUAUGUGAAGCAGAGUUGAGUACAAAGGCCAAGCUGGUAUUGCAUCUGAAGCUACACAGCGAACCAAAUAUUAAAACCAAGCCUACGAAAACAAAACUCACUGGACGUAAAGAGAGGAAAGAUGCAGGCAGCAUGAAAAUCUCUAUGGUCCGCCAAGCUUGCUGGAGUCCAGGAAGCAUUAGAACCAGAAAUCAUUGAUGUUAUUGUUUAAAAACUUUGAAAUUACAAUGUUAUGUUAUUUUAUCUAUUCUCUUUGGAAAUAUGUGUCUUAACUUAUUGAGAUUUCAUCACCCUCCAAUAAUAAUGAGGCGAGGUUGACUGGUAGAGAAUGCCUUAAAGCAUUAAGUCCGCCUUUUUGUACUGCUAGAUUUUUCUUUUGUGCAAUAAAGAUUAAAUAAAUAAAUAAAUAAUUAUAGCUUAGUUGGUAGUUACGCAGACAGAACGUACAGACUUGGUAGAAGGGCUUUCGCGAUCUAUAUCCGCUAAAAGCUCUCCCGCUAUGAUCAAUUUUCUACACUCGGCAAUUUAGCAAUAACUUAAUUUAUCUGGAUCCGGUCAAGACAUCAUCAUCAUAUCCGAUGAAAUAAUCCAUAGCAGGCAAAAUAUUGAAUAGACGAUUUACUAGUCACACUGUGUACUUGUCGGCCUGUCGUUCUUAGCAAUGUCAGUGCCUAGCACAUGAUGGCCGCGAGAGUAUGUCUCCGUGAGAUACAUUACACGUCUUCUAACUGUAUUAAUGACAAGGACGGGUAGAUCAAGACAAAAUACCUAUACAUGUUUUAUAAGCAUUGUUGGGGAAACUUCUAGUAUCUUUGCUAGUACUUAGCAGUAAACGAAGUUACCACAUCCCGAAGUUUUCUUACUUAACUGGCCUUUAUAAACAAAAUUCAUGUUAGGCAAUUUUAAAUUUUGCCGCCUGCUGACAAGGUCGAGUGGCAUACUCGACCUAGAUGUCGCUCUUUCACAAUGUGUUAGAGGGAGA